AUGGGUGCCCAAAUCUCUGUGGUAUUAUUCAACGAUGUUAUUCAGCUCGCCAAUGCCGUCUUCAACUGGCCUGGCGUUUCGGUAGUUGGCGCCUCAGUGACGAGUUACUACAAGGUCGACGCCAAAACCUAUAACAAGGGCAGCGCUGGCACAUUCACCAAUGGACCCUUUGGCAUAGGGUCUGGCGGAAUCUUGUCAACUGGUUGGAUCAGCGACGCAAAAGAUCCAUCUGGUACAAUCGACCAUGACACGGGAACAGACGGAUCAAUAUACUGUGGUUCAGGCUCUACAACAAACGGCGCUGUUCUUGAAGUUGAGAUCGUCGUUGGCCAAGGAUAUAACGGGUUAGCAGUCGAAUUUGUAAUUGGUACCGCGGAGAAUCUACAGGAAAAUGCGGAUACUAUAGGAAUUUAUUUAGAUGGCGUUCAGUACGCAGUCGAUACAUCGAACAACAGAAUCACUGUCAACUCUGAAUAUCUCCAGCAACCACUUGGCGUAACAGACACCGAGUUUGUCCGCUCAACUAUGUACGAUCACUCCUCGCCACCUCUCCUUAUGGGUCUUCCGGCUUCCCCGGGUCGACAUUCAAUGGUAUUUGCUAUUUGCGACGCGAACAACGGACAGAAAGAUUCAGCUAUCAUGUUCAAGGCCGGAGCGUGUGUUGACUGUGCCGGUGACAUCAAACUGAACUAUAAGACGACUACCACCACGGUUGGGUCGACAUCCUUUGUUUCUACCAUCAAGCCUUUUAUUACAAACUCUGGAACCGUCGUUUACGGUGUUCCGGUGGAAGCGACCACGACAAGCGAAGAGGUUUAUAGCACUACAACUGCGGAUGUGACUUCAUAUAGUGAGGAAGCUACUAGUACUGCCGAGGUUAUGUCGACAUCUGUAGAAUCCACAGUCGCCGAGACAACUACAACCGCGGAUGCCUUGCCUACAUCCACUGAAGCAUCUACAGUCACCGAAAAACCCACUGCCACUGACCUGCCUACAACAACGGUAGUGUCAAGCGAGGAGCCCACAACGACUGAUGCUUCCUCGACCGAGACUGACUACACUACGACCACUGCCAUCACCAACUCGGACCAAAGCACUGAAACAUCCUCUACCGUGGAGUCUAAUACUACAACCACGGCAGUUACUUCAGAAGCUACGGCAAUCUCCACAGAUGUUUCAGUGUCUCAAGCCUCUACAUCGAUCGAUUCGACUACCAGUGACAACUCAGCAUCAACGACUGUUGCUCCUACUAUGACAUCCAGUCAGGUGUCAAUCCCGACUGCCUCAACCUUGACCACUAUUAGGAAGCCAUGUCGCCCAUAA